AUGGAUACCAUCAGACUAUUCGUUAUAUUCGCUACUGCAGCAUGUAUUGUGUCGGCACAGCCGCGCGGUAUGGGAGCACUGAUGGGUUCAGCUAUGGACCCUAGGGUUAGCAAUAGUAUGGUCCCUGGUAUGGGAAAUGGACAGGAAAAUGGAAAAGAACAGAUGCCAAAUUUGGCUCCUGGAAGUGGAAGUAAUAUGGGUAGCCGACUGUUUAUGAUGAACUAUUUGAGACAACAAGAAUUGUUGCUGCCGUACAUGAUGUGCCAGACAUGUUUGCAGUAUUCUAACUUCGUUACCUGCAUGAUGAUAGAAAUGUGUUCAUUCGUCAACUGA